ACGUUCUCUUUGGAGAAUAAACCACUCCUACAGGCUGACACGCUUUACCAACCUAUCAAACAGGAAGUCUUUGUACAGAAUAAAGAAACACCUAAAAAAAAUCCUAAAGAACUGAAACAACAUAAUGGAGUCUUACAAAUUAACAGAAUCAUCUGGUAAUGAUAAUUUUAACCCUGAAGAGGAAAAAAAAUUAGCUGCUUCCAACCAUCUCUCUGAGCUGCGGCUUAUCCUUUUGGGUUGGCGGUGGCCUGGGAAAAGCCUGACUGGAAACACUAUACUGGGGCGUGAAGAAUUUCGGCUAGAACGAGCAGCUGAAUUCUCUGUAAAGCGUGAUGCAGAGCGGCAUGGUCGCAAGCUUACUGUUGUGGAUACGCCAGGAUGGUUUUCAGCUCAGACCACUCCAACAGCUUAUCAAAAGGAGAUGGCUCGUAGCCCGUGUAUGUGCCCACCGGGGCCACAUGCUUUCCUGCUUGUCGUGCCUGUAGGCAUGUUCACAGAAAUGGACCGAGCAAGAAUCGAGGAGAACUUGGUGGUGUUUGGUGAGGCCGUGUGGAGGCACACCAUGGUGGUGUUUACAUGGGCUGAGGUGCUGAAGAACAUGCCAAUUGAGAGACACAUCCGGCGCCAGGGUAGUGCACUGCAGUGGGUGCUGGACAAGUGCAAGAAAAGAUACCAUGUCAUUAACAAUGACACAUUCGGAGAGCAUACACAGGUCCCCCAGCUGAUUAAAAAGUUGGAAGAGAUGGUAACUGAGGAGGGCGGGCACUUCAUACCCAUGAAAGAGGAAGCAAAAGUCCAGUAUCAGGAUUCAGCUGAAGCUAUUGAUGAAAACUCAAACCCAAAAGAGGUGAAAGAGAAGCGUGAGCUUGGAGCUCGGCCCAAAGAGAACUGUUCUUUCAGCUCACUGCAGACUGUUGAGAGUCCCUAAAGUAAGAUUUGAUUUAAGGAGCAUCUGAUUGAAAGAUGGGAACCGGAGAGUGAAUUUGUGCUGCUUUAUUACAUUCCUUGUUCUGAUGUGAUUUAUCUUUUAUUUAGUGAAUAUCUGCAGCUACAGGAAAUAACUAUUUAUUUACCUAAAAACAUGAAGUGACACAGUGGUGUAGUUUUUUUUGUUGUUGUGAGUAUACUGUGAUUCCCCCCCCCCCCUCCCAGCCUCAUACACACCCAUCCUAGAGCGACACCCCAUAGGUACCACCACACUCACUGAUGCAUAAAAUAUGC